AUGUCUGUAUUUUUGCCUAAUUUGCAUUCAGGUUGGCAUGUCGAUCAAGCCAUAGUCACUGAAAAUGAGAGACUAGUAGUGAUAAGAUUUGGUCAUGCAUGGAAUAGAGAUUGUAUGUUAAUGGAUGAAUUAUUAUAUUCCAUUGCUGAAAAAGUGAAAAAUUUCGUUGCCAUAUAUCUUUGUGAUAUUGAUGAGGUUCCAGAUUUUAAUGAAAUGUAUGAAUUGACUGAUCCAAUGACUUUAAUGUUCUUUUAUCAAAAUAAACAUAUGAUGUGCGAUUUUGGAACGGGGAAUAAUAAUAAGAUGAAUUUUGUCAUUGAUGAUAAACAAGAAAUGAUCGAUAUCUUAGAAACAAUCUAUAGAGGCGCAAGGAAGAAUAAAGGUUUAGUGGUUUCUCCGUAUGAUUAUAGUUAUAAGAGAGUUUCAUAG